ACUAAUCCCGGAAGAAGGGGAUUCAUGUUAAGAGGAACAGCAGUACAGAAAGAAACGGCUUUAAAUAUCCCCCAUAUUUCCUUUUUUAGCCUCUUAUCCACUCAGAUAUGGACACUUCCACCCGAGCAUCGUUAGACUCGUCUGCUGGACCUCCUCCGUAUUUUAGAGGAAAUGAAGGCUCCCUGGUCUCUGCCCUGAAGACGCUGCUGUUCUUCACCAUCCUCAUGGUGACGCUGCCUAUUGGCUUAUACUUCGCAUCCAAGGCUUACAUCUUUGAGGGUUCCAUGAAAAUGUCGAGCUCCGACAGCUACUUCUACGCAGCCAUCGUAGCUGUGCUCGCCGUUCACGUGGUCUUGGCUCUGUUUGUUUAUGUCGCCUGGAACGAAGGCGCGCCUAAAAGCAAGGGCAAACAUGAUUAAGGCAAGCACUUAUCAGCUUCUGAGGCUGCUGGAGAUGGACAGACUGCGGGCGAGGAUCCACAGUCCUGUCUCCCGUGGGCAACAACACUCAACGCUGCACCAUCUAUGAACCAGACACGUUGGCAGGGAGGGGAUCUGGCUUGGCUCCGGAUUUAACCCCAGGGUUAGAGUAGGAAGUCGUGUAUAUUCUCUGACGCGGGGGUGCAAAGACCAGAGGGUGCAAUUUUAUUGCCAGGCCCCAGCAGGCAUAAUUUUGUUCCCCCACAUAAAAUGGUUUCUUUUCUUUUUUUUGGCUGAGGACAGUUUUUUUUAUUUUUUUAUGCUUUGUCCUCAGAUACUGAUUGGCUCAGGGCUCUGAGUCCCUUCACACUAAGAGUUUAUGUCAGAAUUCGCCUGUACUUGUUUUUUUUUUUGUUUUUUUUAUAUAGAGUUUGAUCAUUUUGAAUAGAGAAAACAGCUGAUUCCUCUGUCCUUACUUUUAAAGUCCUUGUCCAAAUAAAUUAAAGGUUUACUUCUGUAUUUUGGAACAAAGUCUCGUAGGCAUGUUAUUUAUAUGGCCUCAUUGUUCUCUGUUAUUCUCAAUAACAUGUUUUUCAUUGCUGAUUUGAAAGUGUUUGUCCGCUGGAGUGGAGGUGAUGUUAUAAAGCAUAGAUUAGAAAUCACUGUUUUUGCUUAAACUAUUUCUUUGUUCUGAAGAUGUUACUUGACAUUGAUGUAAUACAAGUAGGUUUGAUGAAUUGCUUGAAUAAACUCAAAAUUUAA